CUCCCACAGAUACAUUUGAAGAAGUUCUAACAGAAGAGAGGAGUGUUUUUUACAGUAAUGCACUAGAACGUUGGAUGCUGAUAAACCACACAGAAGAAGAGUGCCAGUUGUUGAUUGCUAGAUCUCGGUUGGCGAUAUCCAUGUUUUCAGCUGAUCUGCCGUAUGUGAAAGAGAGAGGAGCGGGGCAGACUUUCUAAUUGACCUAUCCCAAUUGAACUUUUGAGGAUGGUACCCCAUAUGCUUGAAAUGCAGCCCAACUCAAUGUGCUGGGAUGGAUAGAACUGACACAAUAUGGAUAACGCCUGUGAAAAUGCUAGAGCAAGAGAAUGGAGCUAUGGUGAUGGAUACAGCCGCCAUAGUAUGGCUCAGUGGGGAAGUGCUCCCCCUGCUGGUGAAAGACAGUACCUCACCGAACAGGAAAGGGAACGCCAGUGGCUGAACCAUGCGAAAGAAGCUGCCAUACGGGCCCACUACAACUCCCAUAGACAAAACUCUCCAAUGGACUUCCGUGGACAUGGGGCACAAGAGACCCAGCCGCCGCCUCUGUAUCAUCAGGACAAUCACAGAAUGGCUCCGAGUCAGAACCAAAGGGAUUGGUCAAAUCUCUAUGGACCCUUGAGAGGCCAGGCAACCCCUAAUGUAACCUUACACCACAGUGGAGAGAUAACAGAAACAUGGGCUAAGCAUGAACCCCACUUCCCCAGCUAUGAGUUUUUGCCCCCACUCAUUAUCGAAAGAGGGCAUGAGGAUAUAACCCAUCACCAUAAAGCUGACCGGGAUUAUAUGGUUGGUCGGAUAGGGAAUCAUUACAAUCUCCAUUACUUGGAAAGCAAAUGGCAGAUGUUAGAUCCCACCCAUUCCAAUGGACAUGCUAGAGGACAUUUUAAUGAACAUUCAAGGGGACAUUCUAAUUCCUAUUCCUGGGUUCAUUCUACCGAAUGCUCAAAGGGAAGUUCUAGGGGUGGGUCUAGUGGACGUUCUAGGGGUGGCUCUAGUGCACGUUCUAGGGGUGGCUCUAGUGCACGUUCUAGAGGUGACUCUAGUGGACGUUCUAAGGGUGGCUCUAGUGGACGUUCUAGGGGUGGCUCUAGUGGAUGUUCUAGGGGUGGCUCUAGUGGAAGUUCUAGGGUCCAUUCCAGCAGGUCUCCCAGGCUGGACUUCCAGGCUAAGCAUGUCAACCCUUUUCAAACUACGACCAACAGUUCUCCAGACAUUCAGAACGCAAACAUCACUCCAACUGUUACAACAUCAGGACGUACAACAGGUCCUGCGAGAGAUUCUACAUCACUUGUGCAGACCUUUACUACGACUGCACAGCAGUGUGUUUUUAUGGAUUUCCCUUCCACGGGAGGUACAGAAUCUGGUGUUGUUGACCUAAAAGCAGCCCAGGUAACAAAUGCAGACACCCAUGGUAUACUAGGACCUAGUGUUCCUUCCCAAGCCAUAACUCAACAAACAGAUCAUCUUCCUGGCAAUGCUGCUCUGGUUUCUCACACACAGACCUCUACCACCCCUGAACAGCAACAUGCUCCCUCUCCUUCUCUCACUGAGACACCUCAGGAAAAACCUCCUCAUAAACAUAAGAUCUCACUCAAGGAAAUACAGCACUGGCCCCAGAGUGUUUUAAGAUCUAAAAAUGGACCUGUAAAUGGGAAUAACUCAACACAAGACCCCUCUCAGUCCCAACAAUCCAGCACAGAGAAGAUGGACGUUUUACAAGCAGGCAAAACACAACUACAUCUAAACACCAAAGACUACCAGGCGAGGCCCCCUGAGAGGUUUAGUGCUGAGGACUCCACUAUACGGCUGGAGAUUAAGUCCACCCCCAGGUACAUGACCCUGGCGGCAGUUGCCACCGCUCCUCCGCCCCCCGUGGCUAUUGUCCCUCCAAUGGGUCCACAGCAGUCCCCAGAGCCCAUGGAGACAGAGAAUGCAGGCAAUGAGCUGCCAUUUAAGAUUUUAGAGGCCUGGUCCAUCAACGAACAACAGGCAGAAAACCUGUGGGAAAGAGCUAAAGAUGAUGCAAGUUCUCUCUCUGUCCUAAAUGAGACGGUUCAAGUUGAGAGUCUUAUGGAGUAUGACAAGCCUAUAGAUGCAUCUGCAACAUGUUCAAUGGCAUCUACAGGAGAGGACAAUGAGGUCCUUCAGGUCAUCACACAGAUGGACAAGAGAUCACCUUCACCAUUUGUCCACACCAACACUCAGGCAACUGAUAUUGUAUGCAUCGGUGGUGCCCAGACAAUCGUGGAAGGUAGCACUAUUGGCGCUUAUGAGAGAACUCUUGAUUUGUCCACAAUUGCUGAAGUUCAGUUCAAGUUAUGUGCGCUGCAGAGACUGGUUACUUACCUGGAGAGUGCGACAACAGUCACAGAGGCAAAGGAUGGUUGUCUAGAGGCAAUAUUGGAGUUGUAUUGGGGCGGGGAUAACUCUAACCUGGUAGAAGCUUUAAAAGAGAAAACGGAUAAGAAAAUCAUGCAGGAUGUGUCUGCCUGGGCCGCAGAGGAUGAGAAGGCAGUGGUUUUCUUUGCAGUCAGUGGUAUAUCACUGGGGGAAGUGGUCAAGAAGUUUCCCAAUCCAGCACAUGUUGACACCUCCUCCCAAGUGGGUUACAGGUCAUCAUGGUUAAAUGUCAACGAGAAGCUGAAUGACAUUGACAAAUAUUCUGGAAGAGCUUGGUCUCUAUGGUUCAUACCAGAUAAAGCAGAGGAGAGUUCCAAAGUGGUUGGGGGUGUCCAGAUGGAUGACAACUUCCACAGCAAGAUGGAGACUGUGGAAUUGCCUGCACAACAACCUGUUGUAGAAGAAGCAACAGACUCAGAUCUCCCAAUAAACCCACACCUCACGAUGGUCGCAGACCCCCCAACAAACGCAGACUCCGAGACGGAAACCCUUUCCCCAAUGAUUUUGACCGUCCUCACACCAGAGGAUGCUGUGAAACUGCUUUAUGAAACAGAGGCACCAGAUGCAGACCUCAAAACGGUCACAGACCUCACAACAGACUCGGACACAGAACCCCUUUACCCAAUGAAUUUGACCAUCCUGACAUCUGAGGAUGCCAUGAGACUGUUUUGCCAGAUCGAGAAUGGCUCUGACCUCCAACUCGCGUCCCCUGAACCAUGCUCUGAAAACAAAGAUAAGACACAGACAAAGCAACUAGAGAAUAUAGAAAGUGGCAGCUUAGAUAAGUCCUGCUACUGUCCUUGUAUUAUUGAAACUGACAAUGGGUUUGAAAUGGGCCUAUGCUCCAGUUGUCAGAGAGAGAAAGGAUUGCAGCAAGGUACAAGAUGCAUAACAAUCGCUCACUGCUUUACCAUGUCAGAUACAAAUGAUCAGGAGACAGAGGUCCCUAAGGACUCUGGGGGGAAGGCGACUGUUGACAAUCAAUGCAGGGACAAGAAGCAGAUACAUUCAACUGAAGAAGAGGGUGAUGACAAUCAAUCCAGUGACAAUAAGACACAGGGUGAAAUGCAGCAAUGUACAGGCGUCAUACCGAUCAUUGACUUUUUUUUCUGGUCAGAUGCAAGUGAGGAUUCAGAUCAGGAGACAGAGGAGAGCUAUAAUGAACAACAUGCUCAAAUUGAGGCUCAUGCCUCUAGUGUUAAAAUGACAGAGCCUGAAACAGAUACCAAAGCACCAUGUGAGUCAGCCCAAGAACGUACGACCCAAAGCAAAGUCAGUCAUGGUUCUGAGAAUAGGGAAAGAUGGCAAGACUGUAGGACGAGUACAUUACCACUUCCCAAGGUUGAAAACCCCUCUAAGGUAAGAGCUAACAUCAUAGAAGACAACUGGUGUUCACCUAUAGAGGACUGUGGUUCACCUGUAGAAAAGUAUGACAACGUUGCUGACUUUGUCACCCAAUACAAAACCUGCAAGUCAAAGAAAAAAGUACAACACAAAAUGAAAAAGGAGAAGACCCUCCAUCCAACGUCAUCUGACAGGCAAAAGCACAAGAAAAGCCAUGGGAAAGCAGAGAGGGGAAGGUCACCAUCCCAAACCGCUAAGUGCUCUGGGUUGAAGGCAACUGUGGAUAAUCAAUGCAGGGACAUGAUGCCACAUGCCUCACACAAGAGGAGACAUUCAACUGAGAGUGAUGAAAAUCGAUGUAAAGACAAGAAGAGGGGAUCAUCAACUGCGAAAGAGCGUGAGGGCUGUCAAUCCAUGGACAAGAAGCCACCGAAGAGUAGACAUUCCACUGAGAAAGAGAGAGAGGACAAUCAAAGUAGGGACAAGACGUCACAGAAGAGGAGAAAUUCAACUGAAACUGAAGGCAGGAACUCUGACUCCAAAGAGUUACAGUGUCAGUUGGUGGACAGAGAGAGGGGCAGUGGAAACUCACUCCUGUGCCCUGGGGUGAAAACCCUCCAUGUGCAGGGAUCCUCAACUACCACCGUUCCUCUCAAACUCUCCAUAAACAUCCCCAAAAAGCCUUCCAUAAACACCUCACCCUCAAAACAUACUGAAGUCCCCAGAAUGCCAAAGACUAAAGCCCAGAACAAAAUUAGCAAACACCGCUCCCCUGCAAAGUCAGUGUCUCCUGUUGUCAAUGGGAGGCAGAGGAACGGCAUCAAACACAAGCAAAAAAUUCAACGCCAAAAAGUCCGAUUGAAAAAGCUAUCUUUACCAAAAAAUCUUGUCAGGAAAGGUUCUCCACCAAGCCAGAAGAGAGAGGAAGAUUCUCCACAAAGCCGAACGAGAGAGGAAGGUUCCCCACCAAGCCAGAGGAGAGAGGAAGGUUCUCCACCAAGGCAGAAGAGGGUGGCGGAUAGAGGAGAGCCUGGGGGUUUAGGGAUAAUGGUCUCUAAGAAUCCUGACUCAUCCAAGAAACUAAAACGUAAGGCAGAGAGUGACUUGACAUCCCAACAGAUGUCGACAAAUAUUCCGAAGGUGUUGAAAAAGAAUGAGAAAGGAAGGUUGUCAAAAAGUGAGUGUGAGAACGACUCACUGCCCCCCAAGCCAAAGCUGCCAAGGAUUCCGAAGCUUCCGAGGACUCCAGAGGUUUCAAAGGACUGGCGUGAGAGAGAGAACAGGAAAGAGACAUCUCCCAGUGCUUCACCUGAAUCACAAACGCUGAACAAACCUGCAAAAGUGGCACACAAACCCAAACCUUUUAUCAAGCCUUCCAGUCCCAAUGGUUAUAGCCCAGGUAGUCAUGCUUGCCCUAAUCCGGCCAUGCUAUCACCGCAACAUGGCAACCGACAUUUUGGGGCAAAAGUCUCUGCGAGGCAGCAGGUGUUCUCAGAUUGGGAGAGCAGCUUUGUCCCAACUCGCAGGCAAUCAGGGUGUCCUCCAAAGGAAGUGGAAGGUCCACAGGCCAGUCCCAGGUCCAGCUCGGAGACCAGGAUCAUCCGAUCUAUUCUAAAACGCGCCGAUGCUCCGCCGAAACCCAAGCGGAACAUCAGCUUUCCUUUGAAUCCGAGAAACGUGCACUACUUCAAGCCUUGUGAAUAUGAAAAUGACGUCAUGUUCAACAGGUCUUACACAGAUCCGGAAGAUGCACAGCAUUCUGAUGAUGAAGAGGAAGAUGUUCCUGUGAACUGCCAGAACACGAAGGAACAGCCCCCCGUUAUGGAAGAGAAGCGACAAGAUAUAGGGGAGCUGAAGCCUGGACCAAGUGGUUUAUGUGAAAAGCGCUUCAAAUGGAAGUGGGAAAUGCAGGAGCCUGCUGCCAUUUUGAUGAAGAAGAGCAUUGUUCAGGCAAAGCAUUGGACGAAGUCUCUCCAUCGUGAUCCUCCAAAAGAAUUCAGACACUCAGCAAAAAAAACUGGAGUUGGUUACAAGUGGUCAGAGAAGCAGAAGAGGCCAAAUGAAAUUGAAGCUUUGUACCAAUGGCUAGAGGCUGACCGCCAAGGCAGGGACCCCGAUACAGCAGCCGCAGGGGAGAACUUUGAGCAGAGCCCCUUGAAGAGGACGUUCAAGUCUAAAGUCCUGGCCCACUACCCUGAGAACGUGGAGUGGAACCCCUUCGACCAGGAUGCUGUCAAUAUGCUCUGUAUGCCCAAAGGCCUGUCGUUCAGGACACAGGCAGACAGCCGCGAGCCCCAGUUCCACUCCUUCCUGAUCACGCGGGAGGACGGCUCUCGCACUUACGGCUUCGUCCACACCUUCUACGAGGAGGUGACGUCGCCUCAGAUCUGCUCGGCCAUGCAGACCCUCUACCAGAUGCACCAGGCCGAGAACCCUUCCUCCGCCACCCCCUCCUCCUCUUCCUCCUCUUCCUCCAGUAUGGACUCUCUGGCUAGCAGCCUCGACGAAGCAGAUUCUCCAUCUUCAUCCUCGUGCCGGUCGGCGGCGUGCGGCGGCUACGACGCGUCGCGGGACACGCUCUACGUCUCCAAGGCGUUGUGUCUGAUCACGCCCAUGCCCUUCAUGCACGCCUGCCGCCGUUUCCUGUCCCAGGUGCACCGGGCCGUCGCAGCCGCCGCGCCCCCGCCCCUCCCCCUGGAGAGCUACGUGCACAACAUCCUGUACGAGGUGCCCCUGCCCCCUCCGGGGCGCUCGCUGAAGUUCCACGGGGUGUACGAGCCCAUCGUGUGUCAGCGUCCUGGGCCUGGGGAGCUGCCUCUGGCUGACUUCCCUCUGGGCCAGACCUUCACUCUGCUGGGGGUAGAGAACCUGGUGCAGCUGUUCAACUGUACCCUGCUGGAGAUGCAGAUUCUGCUCUACUCACAGGACUACCAGCGGUUGAUGACAGUUGCGGAGGGCAUCACCACCCUGCUCUUCCCGUUCCAGUGGCAGCAUGUCUACGUGCCCAUCCUACCCGCCUCACUGCUGCACUUCCUGGAUGCCCCCGUGCCCUACCUCAUGGGCCUGCAGUCCAAAGAGGGCACCGACCGCUCCAAACUAGAGCUGCCGCAGGAGGCUAACCUGUGCUUUGUGGACAUUGACAACCACUGUAUCGAGCUGCCUGAAGACUUCCCCCAGUUCCCUAACAAACCAGAGUUAAUCCAGGAGCUCAGCGAAGUCCUCCUCCGCUACGGCAUAUCCCCAGUCGGGGGCGCUCCUCCAACCUCUGUCCCCACCUCCACCACCACCCCUGGGUCCGUCUCUACCCGUCACCCUGGUCUGAAGAGCCAACAGGCCCUGAGGGAGCUAGAGGACGAUGGGAGGAAUGGGAACCUAGGAGGGGAGCAGUUAGCCGUGUUGGAGCUUCUCCAAGGGAACGCUACUCUGGAAAGACUCCAGGCUCUGGCUAAGAGAACGGGGGUCCGUGUGGAAGCCCUGAGGGGGGUAGGGGGUGAGGGAGAGGCCCAGGGGGGGAGGACGGCAGUCGAAGAGGAGGAGCUGAGGAACGCUAAGCUGAAUGUACAGCUGAGGGAGGUGUUCGCUAGCAGGUUUACCACGAUGUUCGCGGACUAUGAGGCCUUCGUCAUCCAGAGCGCUCCGGACCUGGAGUCCUGGCUCACCAACCGAGAGCAGAUGCACAACUUUGAUAAGGCAUCCUUCCUGUCUGACCAGCCGGAGCCCUACCUGCCCUUCCUGUCCCACUUCAUCGAGACCCAGAUGUUUGCCACCUUCAUCGACAACAAGAUCAUGUCCCAAUGGGAGGAGAAGGAGCUGCUGCUCCGCGUGUUCGACGGACGCAUCGAUAAAGCUCGUCUGUACAACGUUAGAGCCCCAAGUCUGCGGUCCUCCAACUACCAGAGGUGCACCAUCCUCAAGGAGUCAGCCCAGGCCAUCGAACAGCGGCUGCUGAAGAUUGACCACACAGCCAUCCACCCCCACCUCUUGGAUAUGAAGAUUGGACAGGGCAAAUAUGAACAAGGCUUCUUCCCCAAGCUGCAGUCUGACGUGCUCUCAGUCGGACCCACCAAUAACAACAGGUGGUCCAAUCGUACCGCUACGGCUCAGCGCAGGAAAGACCGUCACAGACAACAAACAGAACACUUGACUCUAGAUAACGACCUCAAAGAGAAGUACAUGCAAGAGGCUCGGAGCCUGGGGAAGAACCUCCGUCAGCCCAAGCUGUCUGACCUCUCACCUGCCGUCAUCGCUCAGACCAACUGGAAGUUUGUAGAGGGACUACUCAAGGAGUGUCGCAUGAAGACUAAGCGUAUGUUGGUGGAGAAGAUGGGCAGGGAGGCAGUGGAGCUGGGUCAUGGGGAGGCCAACAUCACAGGUCUGGAGGAGAACACUCUCAUCGCCUCCCUCUGUGACCUGCUGGAGAGGAUCUGGAGCCACGGCCUGCAGGUCAAACAGGGGAAGUCAGCUCUGUGGUCCCACCUGCUGCACUACCAGGCCAGAGAGGAGAAACUGGAGCAGCAGCAGGCAGAGUCACCAGUGUCAAACGGUCCAGAGAGACGAAAGUCUGAGUCGUCAAUAGGGAUGCCAUCGCUGCGAGCGUCCGUCAUACAGGAUAUGAGGCACAUCCAGAGUAUGGGGGAGAUAAAGACGGAUGUGGGCAGAGCGAGGGCCUGGAUCCGUCUUUCUCUGGAGAAGAAGCUGCUCUCACAACACCUCAAACAGUUGCUGUCCCGCCAAGCCUUAACCAAGAAGUUGUAUAAGCGCUACGCCUUCCUGCGCUGUGAGGAGGAGAAGGAGCAGUUCCUGUUUCACCUGCUCUCCCUCAACACUGUCGACUACUUCUGUUUCACCAGUGUCUUCACCACCAUCAUGAUCCCGUACCGCGCUGUCAUCAUCCCCAUCAAGAAGCUGAGCAACGCCAUGACGACCUCCAACCCGUGGGUGUGUGUGUCGGGUGAGCUGGGCGACUCGGGCGUCAGGCAGAUCACCAAGAACGUCCUGGAGAUGACCUUCGAUUCUGCUUUCAGGCCACACACUCACAUCGACGCCAUGUUCAAGUGUCAAAACCUGGGUAAGCUGACUACAGUCCAGUUGGGUCAUGAUAACUCUGGGCUGCUGGCUAAAUGGUUGGUGGACUGUGUCAUGGUCCGCAACGAGAUCACAGGACACACCUACAAGUUCCCGUGUGGGCGGUGGCUUGGCAAAGGCGUGGACGACGGCAGUCUGGAGCGCGUUCUGAUUGGUGAGCUGGCGUUGCCCAACGCAGAUGAGGAUUGUGGGAGAGGGUGUCGCACGCCCGACAUGCAGCAUUCGCCGGGUCAGACCAGACGCUCCAGCAUCACCUCGAUGGGAGGACGAGGAUACAAGCCCACCUCAGCUCAAAUCCAGGAAGCCAUCGGCGAGGCAGUGAACAUCAUCUGCAAACACUUCCACAAGCCUGAGAAAGAGAGGGGCAGUCUGACCAUCCUGCUGUGUGGUGAGGUUGGUCUGGUCGGGGCUCUGGAGCAGUUCUUCCACAAUGGCUUCAAGUCCGCCCGCCUCUUCCAGAAGACUGUCUUUGUCUGGGACUUCGUGGAGAAGGCGGUGGCUUACAUGGAGUCAGCAGACCAGAUGGGGGACAUGCAGGAGACUGCUGAGCCCCUGGGCCUGACCUGUGUCUCUCUCUGUCACUAUGUCAGUGCCAUCAACUCCUCACCCAGGAACAUUGGCAAGGACGGCAAGUUCCAGCUGCUUGUCUGCCUGGGGGCAAGAGAUCGUCUGCUGAUUCAGUGGCUCCCUCUGUUGGUGGAGUGUCCAGUGAUCCAGCGGAUGUACGAGGAGUCUGCUCUGAUGCGGGACCGGACCACGGUCAACGCUCUCAUCGCUGUCCUGCAGACUCUCCAUGACUUCCCCAUCACCCUGGAGGCCUCGCUCGUCAAGGGCAUCGACCUUUAACCCUUACCACACAGCCUGCUGGGGGGGGGGGUCCAGGACUACAUUUCCCACAAACCCUUGCUCUGUUCCCUUUUGCCCUGUCACUGUCGUCGUCGAGGCCUGCUUCAGCUGAUUAACUCUGAGAAAAGUCUGAGGACUUUAUAAAGAGACCAGAGACAGUUCGCUACCAAAGCAAUCAAUUCCACUGCUUCAGAACAGAAGCUUGGGCUUUGAAUCAUUGAUGAGUGAUGAUGCAGUAUUAUUAUUACAUAGCUUGUGGUUUUGAAAAUAUCCUUUUUGAUAUUUAAUAAGAAGGGACUGUUUUUAAAGAAAACCCGUGGAUGUUUCCCUAUGUGCUAGAUGUGUGUAGCCCACUGUAGGUAGCUCUUCAAUGGACACUUUUAGCCUGUGUGAUGGAGAUCCUAUCUUUGCCUGUCUGCCAUCUCUGUCUGCUGGAUCCUGCUCCAACUUCAGCUAGCGUUAGCAUUAGCAAGCAUGCCUGUGGGUCAUAGUAGGCCAGGAGAAAGGAAACCAAAACAGAAAGUGACUCUUUGCCCCUGCUACCUCUCCAUUGUCUCUGCACUGGGAAUAUCUGUGGGUGAAACUUCAUCAGUUGGAUGAAGAUGACUACCAUGGAAAGAAAAACUGGACUCAUCUGCUUUCAGCACUACACUGAGUUGUGUGCAAUGCAGCUUUUUGAUUGGAUGUUGGUUCUUUCCAGAAACACCUACUGUGUUGGGCUGGAUCUUUGUUCUGCUUUGUGAUUGGCUAACAGAUCUUGGUGGACACAAACACUGCGCUGAAUUGGAGAGGUCUUUCCUAGGGGGGCAGGGACUUUUCUAGGGUUGCAUGGGCAUUCCAAACAAAUUACAGGCAUUGACCUGAACCUAUUUCAAACUGUGUGUGUCUAUAUAGUGUACAAAACAUUAAGAACACCUUCCUGGUAUUGCGAUUUGGGGCACCUCCCCCUUUUGGCCUCAGAACAGCCUCAAUUCAUCACGGCAUGGACUCUACAAGGAAUCGAAAGUGUUCCACAGGGAUGUUUGUCCAUGUUGACUCCAAUGCUUCCCACAGUUGUCAAUUUGGCUGGAUGACCUUUGGGUGGUGGACCAUUCUUGAUACACACAGGAAACUGUUGAGUGUGAAAAACCCGGCAGCGUUGCAGUUCUUGACACAAACCAGAGUGCCUGGCACCUAAUACCAUACCCCGUUAAAAUAAACUUAAAUAUUUUGUCUCGCCAUUCACCCUCUGAGUGGCACACAUAAACAAUCCAUAUCUCAAUUGUCUCAAGACUUAAAAAUCAUUAUUUAACCUGUCUCCUGCCCUUCAUAUCUACACUGAUUUGAAGUGGAUUUAACAAGUGACAUCAGUAAGGGAUCAUAGCAUUCACCUGGUCAGUCUGACAUGGAAAGAGUUGGUGUUCAUAAUGUUUUGUACACUCAGUGUAUGUGUUCUCUCCUAAUCUUAUUUUUAUAUUAGAAAUCGUAAUGGUCAAUGUAUUCAAUUUCAUCCUGGUUUCUGUCAUGCACUGUGUGUGUGUGUGUGCGUGCGUGCGUGCGUGUGUGUGUGUGUGUGUGUGUGUGUGUGCGUGUGUGAGCGAGCAUGCGUGCGUGCGAUUUGUUGAUCUCAAAUGGACACUUACUCUGCAUUACUCUGUGGUAUAGAAAUGUUCCAGACCCUUAUUAAUGUGAUACAUGUGAAAUACACUGGAAUAUUAAACAAUUGCAAUAAGAACCUAUACAUACAACCCCUAAUGAUGCAUUUAUCAUAAAUGCCUCAAACCUUCCUAUGAUAAGUGAUUAUUUUCUGGUGAUUGUUAACUCCUUCUGGGACUAUUUCUAGCUGGUUGUAUUUUUCAAUCUAAAAUAGAUCUCUUGCCACUUUUUCAAUCAACCUUGAUGAACAUGUUCUUAUAUUUCUGUAACAAGUGUAAAUAGGGCAUUUAUGCAUGUGUACUAAAAAGGGUGAUCAAAAUACAUGUUGACUAAAGUUAUUAGGCUAACUAUGACCAGACAAUAGAUUUGAACCCAACCAAAAGGGAAAACUGACAGAUUCCGAAUCACUUUUAACUGUUUUGACCACAGUACUUUUCCAGUAUUAACGCAUAAAAGGACAGCAAAUUUGUUUUUAAUGUCCUGAUUUGAUGUAUUUAUUCCUAUAAACUGUGGUAGUAAUCAAGAAACUUUGAGACACUGGUUGCAACAGGGGCAAAGAGCCACCUGUGAAAUACCUGGAAGUUACAUGCUGCAUGUUGAUCCAUGUGACUUUCCUUCUAUAACAUUCACAGUUUGGUCCUGCUACUAGGUUCCUACUGUUUUGUGUAUCCAUGGAUUCCAACAAUCAAAAAACCUAUCUUCCUGUAUGUGUAAGAAGCAACAAACAUAGGAGGAUGAUCGACUCUAUAGGUGUUUAGCGCGUAGCUGUGAGCAAAGUGUCGGUCUAGUGUAGAGAGAAUGGGGUCCCUCUUUGCAUCUGCUAAAGUGCUACUGCAUGUGGUGUACUCUGCUACUCAGCUGUAUACUUUCUCCUAACACACCACUACAGCUAGACUCAUUCAGUAGUCCUGUACUGUACUUCUGUCUUUAUGUUACAUGAACCUGUGACAAACGCUGUCCCCCGCUGGGUGGAAUAUCUGUCCUAACAUUACUAGGUAGGCAGUGCUACUAUGGAACCUUAACUUUCCUACACGUGCAUGUGUAAACUGUAUGUCCAGUGGGAGGAGAUCGUGUAAUGAAUGGAGAUCUAUGUCCGUGUAACUGAUAAAUGUUCUGAUAUUUAUAAUGCACUUCAUUAAAAACUUGCUCAAUA